AAUGUAUGUGUUAGGAAAACCCAGGCUUUUGUGUUCCAUCUUCCAUUGUUGAGCGCUCACUACGAAAGUUGCAAAGAUUUUCAUGUGUAUUGGUUGCCCGACAGUCUCAGACUCAAGAUCAAGAAAGUCCCGAAACUUGUUAAUUUCUUGCUAACCUUUAAUAUUCUUCUCUUCUAAGGUUGACAGAACAAGUAAGGAUUCGAGUGAAUUUUUUUUUCUUGUUUUAUGAUUACUGACUUAAGCAUCGAGGAUCAGUUAGCGGGAACCUAGGUGGUCGCCUAAAAGCUUACAGAGAAGAACACUUUCAGAGUUCUGGUGGUAGGAUAGGGAUGGAUACUGGUGAUGUUAUCAGAACUAGUAAUAGCUUAAGAGCAAGCAGUAGAAGUCAUGGCAGUUUGAGAGCAAACAGUGCGUCCAUAUGGAGGAACACGGGAAUCGAAGCUUUUUCUCGUUCAUCGCGUGACGAAGACGAUGAAGAAGCUCUUAAAUGGGCUGCCCUCGAAAAGCUUCCCACGUUCGAUCGUUUGAAAAAAGGCCUUCUAUAUGGAUCAGAGGGUGUGAAUGAAGUUGAUGUUCAUGAUCUUGGAUUCCAGGAUAAAAAGAAUUUAAUCGAAAGGCUAGUAAACGUCGUGGAAGAAGAUAAUGAGAAGUUCUUGUUAAAGCUCAGGAACAGAAUUGACAGAGUUGGAAUUGACUUGCCGGCUAUUGAAGUGAGAUUCGAGCAUCUAAAUAUAGAUGCUGAAGCCUAUACGGCAAGCAGGGCGCUGCCCAGUUUUAUUAACUUCCAUACGAAUAUAAUAGAGGGAUUCUUGAACUCUCUCAAUAUAAUUUCAAGUAGAAAGAGGCCUCUGUCUAUCCUCAAGGAUGUCAGUGGAAUCAUCAAGCCAUGCAGAAUGACAUUGCUUUUAGGUCCUCCGAGUUCUGGAAAGACGACUCUUCUGUUGGCUUUGGCUGGAAAGUUGGAUCCUACUUUAAAGUUUUCGGGAAGAGUCACCUAUAAUGGACAUGGAAUGGAAGAGUUUGUACCUCAAAAAACUGCAGCAUAUAUCAGUCAGCAUGAUCUGCACAUAGGAGAAAUGACUGUGAGAGAAACCUUAGCAUUCUCUGCCAGAUGCCAAGGGGUUGGAUCUCGCUAUGAGAUGUUGGCAGAAUUGUCAAGAAGAGAGAAGGCAGCAAAUAUCAAACCUGACCCAGAUAUCGAUAUCUACAUGAAGGCUGCCGCUACGGAAGGUGAUGAAGCGAAUGUGGUGACAGAUUAUAUUCUUAAGGUUUUGGGGCUUGAAAUUUGUGCAGAUACUUUGGUCGGGGAUGAGAUGAUAAGGGGAAUUUCUGGAGGACAGAAAAAGCGUGUUACGACUGGAGAGAUGCUUGUUGGACCGGCAAAGGCACUUUUCAUGGAUGAGAUAUCGACUGGAUUGGACAGUUCUACGACUUACCAAAUUGUGAAUAUGCUGCGCCAGUAUGUCCACAUUAUGAAAGGAACUGCAUUUAUCUCCCUCCUUCAGCCAGCACCUGAGACUUACGAUCUGUUUGAUGACAUAGUCCUCUUAGCUGAUGGCCAGAUUGUUUAUCAGGGCCCUCGUGAAAAUGUUCUAGAGUUUUUUGAAUCUAUGGGUUUCAAAUGUCCAGAGAGAAAGGGAGUGGCUGACUUCUUGCAAGAAGUGACAUCAAAGAAGGAUCAGCAGCAAUAUUGGGCACGUAGGGACGAGCCUUACAGGUUUAUCCCAGUCAGGGAAUUUGCAGAGGCAUUCCAAUCAUUCAGUGUUGGAGUGCGAGUUGGGGACGAACUUGCAACACCCUUCGAUAAAAGCAAAAGCCAUCCCGCGGCUUUAUCAACCCAAAAGUACGGUGUUGGAGAGAAAGAGCUACUUAAAGCUUGUAGUGACAGAGAACUCUUGCUGAUGAAGAGAAACUCAUUUGUCUAUAUCUUCAAAAUUUUCCAGCUUACUUUUAUGGGGCUAAUCGCGAUGACAGUUUUCUUUCGAACUGAGAUGAGCAAAAACAAUGUAACCGAUGGAGGAAUAUAUACUGGCGCACUGUUUUUCACUGUCAUUAUGAUCAUGUUUAACGGAAUGUCAGAGCUUGCCAUGACAAUUUACAAACUUCCUGUCUUCUACAAGCAAAGGGAUAUGUUUUUCUUCCCCCCAUGGGCAUAUGCACUUCCAUCUUGGGUCCUGAAAAUCCCUAUUACCUUUCUUGAAGUUGCUAUCUGGGUAUUUUUGACUUACUACGUGAUUGGAUUCGAUCCAAAUAUAGGAAGGUUUUUCAAGCAGUACUUGCUACUUUUAUUGCUCCAUCAGGCAGCAGGAGCAUUAUUCAGAUUUAUUGGGGCAAUGGGGAGGAAUAUGAUUAUAGCAAACACAUUUGGCCUAUUUUCAUUGCUCCUACUCUUUGCAUUAGGUGGUUUUGUCCUGUCAAGAGAAGAAGUAAAGGGUUGGUGGAUAUGGGGUUACUGGUCCUCUCCAUUGAUGUAUGCACAGAACGCAAUUCUCGUGAAUGAGUUUACUGGGCACAGUUGGAGUAGAAUAAUAAAUGGAACUGAAUUGGGAGUUUUGGUGAUGAGGUCUCGAGGAUUCUUUCCUCAAGCAUAUUGGUAUUGGCUCGGAUUUGGGGCAUUAUUUGGCUUCGUAUGGAUAUUCAACAUCCUCUUUGUUCUUGCUCUCACGUUUCUCGACCCAUUCGAGAAGCCUCAAGCUGUAUUACCAGAAGAAAGUGAAGACGAUGUCCCAAAAGGUGGAUAUGUGAGCCAAGUUCCAGCUCAAGGCGAUGAUAGAACACGGAGAAGCAUUUCCUCAGAAUCCUCAUCCAUGAGGACAGAUGCCAUUGAAGCCACUCAGAAUAAAAAAAGGGGAAUGAUUCUUCCAUUCGAACCACAUUCCAUCACUUUUGAUGACGUUAGAUACUCCGUUGACAUGCCAGCGGAAAUGAAAGCUCAAGGCGCUGCUGAAGAUAAAUUGGAGCUUUUGAAGAGUGUAAGUGGAGCUUUUAGGCCAGGAGUUCUCACAGCUUUGAUGGGCGUUAGUGGGGCUGGUAAAACAACUUUGAUGGACGUUUUAGCAGGCCGAAAAACCGGAGGAUAUAUUGAAGGUGAUAUCAAAAUUUCGGGGUACCCAAAGAAUCAAGAAACAUUUGCUAGAAUUUCGGGAUACUGUGAACAAAACGACAUCCAUUCACCUAAUGUUACUGUUCACGAGUCCCUUAUUUACUCAGCUUGGUUAAGGUUGUCUCGAGAUGUCAAUUCUGAAACUAGAAAGAUGUUUAUUGAGGAGGUAAUGGAGCUUGUAGAACUUACCCCGUUAAGAGGAGCACUAGUUGGGUUGCCGGGCGUCAGUGGUCUCUCGACUGAACAACGCAAAAGGCUUACUAUUGCAGUCGAACUUGUAGCUAACCCCUCGAUAAUAUUCAUGGACGAGCCAACUUCCGGGUUAGAUGCACGAGCUGCUGCAAUUGUGAUGAGAACUGUCAGAAAUACAGUGAACACUGGACGAACAGUUGUAUGCACUAUCCAUCAACCUAGCAUCGACAUAUUUGAAGCAUUUGACGAGCUAUUUUUGAUGAAACGAGGAGGGCAAGAGAUAUAUGUUGGACCACUGGGUCGCCACUCAACCCAUUUGAUCAGUUAUUUCGAGGGAAUUCAAGGAGUAACUAAAAUUAAAGACAGUUACAAUCCAGCAACUUGGAUGCUCGAAGUUACUUCUUCUGCGCAAGAACUACUUUUGGGAGUUGAUUUUGCUGACCUGUACAAAAACUCAGAACUAUACAAGAGGAACAAAGCAUUGAUUAAGGAAUUAAGCGUCCCUCGUCCCAAUACAAAGGACCUGUAUUUCCCUACUCAAUAUUCUCAAUCUUUCAUCACUCAAUGUGUGGCUUGCUUGUGGAAACAACAUUGGUCAUACUGGCGUAAUACGCCUUAUACUGCUGUCAGAUUUAUGUUCACAACUUUCAUAGCCCUGACAUUUGGGACAAUGUUCUUCGACCUUGGCUCGAAAAGGGAUACACAACAAGACUUGUUUAAUGCUAUGGGCUCAAUGUAUGCUUCUGUACUCUUUUUGGGGUUCCAAUACGGUUCGACAGUACAGCCUGUGGUGGCAGUCGAACGAACAGUCUUUUAUAGAGAGAGAGCAGCAGGAAUGUAUUCUGCAUUACCGUAUGCCUACAGUCAGUUUCUCAUUGAAAUCCCAUACGUUUUCAUUCAAUCGAUUAUAUAUAGUGGCAUUGUCUAUUCGAUGAUGAGCCUCGAAUGGACAGCUGAAAAAUUCUUGUGGUAUGCGUUCUUCAUGUUCUUCUCAUUAUUGUAUUUCGUCCUCUAUGGUAUGAUGACCGUGGCUGUCACUCCAAAUCACAACAUCGCUGCCAUUAUCUCCACUUUCUUCUAUGCAUUCUGGAACCUGUUCUCCGGAUUUAUCGUCCCACGACCUAGUAUGCCCGUAUGGUGGAGAUGGUACUGUUGGGGAAACCCCGUGUCUUAUAGCUUGUACGGUUUCGUAGUAUCACAAUUUGGGGAUGUACAGGAUCAGCUCGAGGAUGGCCGAACAGUGGAACAGUUCAUAAGAAGUUAUUUCGGAUACAAACAUGAUUUUCUUGGAGCAGUUGCUGGCAUAAUUCUCGGAUUUGUCAUCCUUUUCACCUUCAUCUUUGCUUAUUCCAUCAGGGCAUUCAACUUCCAGAGGAGAUAAUUAGAUGCUACUAUUUAGUUUAUCAAGUCAAUACAGUACCAUAAUCCUUUAUCCGUUGGUUUGUGUGCCUACACAAGGCUGGACAAUCAAAAGAAAAAUGACUUAAAUGCCUCUGUCUUAUCUUAUUCAAUUCUAUUCAAUCCAUCGUAUUCCAAAUAUACCGAGUAAAAAUAGUCGUUUGUAUAGGAAAUGUGGCUUGUCAUGUACUACUAGAUGGUCCAAUUGUGUACUUUUUUUGAACUUUUUUGUUCUGAUCGUACUUUUUUUUUUAUUGAAUUAUAAUUGAGAUACUUUAUAUAAGUGUGGAUUAUUUGUCUA